AUGGCAGCGCCCGAAAAGGUGGAACAGUUGAUAUCCAUGGGAUAUAUUGAAUCCGAAGCCGAACAAGCGCUAGACAUUGCUGGCGGUGACCUGGAACAAGCCGUUGGAUUUCUGAUGCUCAGCUCGUCCGAUCGCGGUGGUUUUACCGGGGAAUCCACACAAGCGGCUGCAUCGAAACAGGCAGAUGCCUUUUCGGAUUAUUAUGACAAGAUGCCGCCUCCCAGUCAGCCUACAACUAGCAACUUGAAACCACCUCCCCAAUAUUCGACGCCCCCUCCACGACCGCCAGCCAAGAACAGCAACAAUCUCAAAAAGCCCCCUUUACAAUCCCAACCACCACCACCAGCACCUGUAGAGGAUACCUUUGAUGCCCUGAAGAUUAGUGGAAUGGAUUUUGUUCCUGGAAAUGAAAUUCCGCAACGAGGUUUUGGUAACAUUAGCGUCCCCCACAUGACCUCCUUUCGAUCGACCGUCAGUGACAUUACGGAUAUGGAUGGCAUGCGCAUGAGUUCGAGCAUACGAGACGAUAGUGGUGGUGGCGUGGAUGACAAAAAGGUAAUGGAGCUGGUGGAAAUGGGAUAUCCCAUGGAUGAGGCGGAACAAGCCUUGAAAGUCUCGGACGGUGAUUUGGAUCAAGCGGUUGGAUUUUUGCUUUUGGAAAAGGAAAGCCGACAAGCCUUUAUGGGCGACGUCAUGGACUCGUGCCAAAUUGGUAGUCCCGAUCCAAAAAGUCAAACAGAUGGAGAUGCCCGGGAAAGGGCCAAUCAAUUUUUGAGAGAAGAAGAAGAACGAGAACGUCUCCAACAAGAACAAAUUGAGCUCAUGCGCAAAAAGGAACAAGAUAUAUUGGUAUCGGGUCACAACCAUCACCAUCAUACUCAUGAAAAGGCGACCAAAACAAGACCAUCCUACACCAACUAUCAGACUUCGGUUAAUCCAACGAACAAAAAUGUUCCCAAAAUGGUGGUCACCAAUCAGGGGGCUUACGACGACGGAUCCCGUCCAUUUUGUACUUGCAUUGCCGCCCGUAACUUUUUGAAUGGCGGCAUGGUCAAUUCGACCUACCUCAACUCGAUUGUAAAAGAAGGACAUUCCUUGUCUCAAAGAGCGGGAACUACGGACGAAUACAAUGUUGGUAAGGUCUUGAUGCGAUUUGGUCGAACGGGGGAUCUGGGAUUGAUCUCAUCCACCGUCAAGGUGGGCGCUUUUGAGGCGGAGAAUAUUCAAGGAGAUGGAUCAUUGCGACGUUUGUUGGCCAAUGUUCGUAAUGAACAACUAACAGGAUGGGAAGUGGUAGUAAUGGAAGUGAAAAACAGUUCGUUUUGUAUCUGUCUGCCGCCCAAGGGGAGUGCAAACAAGUUUUGGUUGAUGGAUUUGGUAGGUAGACCAGAAUUUCGAACAGAGGGGGCCUAUGCUCGAGUCCACGUUUCACUCUUGCAAUUGGAAGAGUCACUCGAAUAUAUAAUGAAGAUAAAAGGACGAAAAAUGGGUAUUGAGAAGCUGGAUUUCAAAUUGUUUGUCGUGAAGAAAUUCCAACGAUAA